AUGGCCCUCCCAAUCCGUAAAGUCCUCAUCCCAACCCACGGUGACCCCUCGGUCGUAACCCUCACAACCACCACCCUCCCACCCCCAUCCUCAUCCGAAGUCCAACUCAAAAUCCUCUACUCCAGCAUGGGCGGCAGCGACAUCCUUAUGCGGCAAGGCAUCUACCCUCUCCAACAAAAAGCCCCUCUAACCCCGGGCUACACGCUCAUCGGGCGCGUACACAAAAACGGCGCUCGUAGUAAAAAGUUUACAGAAGGCACUCUAGUAGCAUGUCUCUGUGUCUACGACGGCCAGUCCACAUUCAGCAACCAGCCCGAAAAAUACCUCGUAAAAGUGCCCGAAGGAGUAGAUUUACAACAGGCCGUCGCGCUAGUGCUGGAUUGGAGUACAGCGUACGGCCUUGCUUAUCGCGGUGCGCAGAUUACACCUGGAAAGAGGGUGUUUAUACACGGGCUCAGCGGUAGUGUCGGGUACGCGCUGCUGACGUUUUGUAAAAGGCAGGGUGCGAGUGUGUACGGUACUGCUGCUGCGCAUAACCACGCUGCGGUGAGGGAAGCCGGCGCCACGCCGUUCGUCUACACUGACAAAGACUGGAUGCGCGUCAUGAAAGACAUGGGCGGCGCGCAUGUAGUGUAUGAUGCGUUGGGAUUUGCCUCCUGGGACGAGAGUUGGAGCAUCCUUUCUUCCGACCGAGGUCAUCUUUUUGCAGAUUGCAAAGUUGCUGGCCAAGGGCAAAGUGCCGUUUUGUCCGUAUCGCACGUCGUUUUUUAUAUCAACAGGGAUCAGAAGACGUAUAAGCCGGAGUUGGAGGCGCUGUUGGAGAUGCUGGUGAGAGGCGAGAUUAGGGUGCCGGUUAGGAAGGUGUGGGGGUUGGAGCAGGUACCCGAGGCGCAUCGGGUUUGGGCAAAGGGACCUGGGGUUGGUGCUGUUGUGGUGAAGGUGGCGGAGGAUGAGGGUGUAAGGUUGGUAUAA